GUGGACUCUCACUACUGCCCCAGCUGCCUGGAGAACAUGCCUUCAGCUGAAGCCAAGCUGAAAAAGAACAGGUGUGCAAACUGCUUUGACUGCCCCUGCUGCAUGCACACCCUUUCCACCCGGGCCACCAGCAUUCGGGCCAAGACUACCAUGAAAAAAGCAUAUUACCUGGCCUGUGGGUUCUGCCGCUGGACCUCCCGGGACGUGGGCAUGGCAGACAAGUCUGUUGCUAGUGGUGGCUGGCAGGAGCCGGAGAAUCCUCACACACAGAGGAUUAACAAGCUGGUGGAGUACUACCAGCAGCUGGCUCAGAAGGAGAAGAUCGAGCGGGACCGAAAGAAGCUGGUGCGACGCCGAAACUACAUGCCCCUGGCCUUUUCGCAACACACUAUACACGUAGUGGACAAGUACGGGCUGGGGACGCGGCUGCAGCGGCAGCGGCCCGGGGCACCCCUCAGCGCCCUCGCCGGCCUCUCCCUGAAAGAGGGAGAGGACCAGAAGGAGAUCAAGAUUGAGCCCGCUGAUGCAGUGGAAGAAGUGGAACCUCUUCCUGAGGAUUACUACACAAGACCAAUCAAUCUGACAGAAGUGACGACCCUGCGGCAGCGCCUGCUGCAGCCGGACUUCCAGCCCAUCGGCGCCUCCCAGCUCCACCCACGCCACAAGCACCUCCUCAUCAAGCGCUCCCUGCGCUGCCGGAAAUGUGAACAUAACCUGAGCAAACCAGAAUUCAAUCCAACGUCUAUCAAAUUCAAGAUCCAGCUGGUUGCUGUUAACUACAUCCCUGAAGUGAGGAUCAUGUCUAUUCCCAACCUGCGCUACCUGAAGGAGAGCCAGGUCCUCCUGACUCUGACCAACCCCGUGGAGAACAUCACACAUGUCACACUGCUGGAGUGCGAGGAGGGAGACCCUGACAACAUCAACAGCACUGCCAAGGUGGCAGUUCCUCCCAAGGAGCUUAUUCUGGCUGGCAAAGAUGCUGCAGCAGAAUAUGAUGAGCUAGCAGAGCCUCAAGACUUCCAGGAUGACCCUGAUGUCGUUGCCUUCCGAAAA